AUGCAGGUGCCGAACAGACCAAUUGGGACUUAUGGAUACUCCGUGCGUAAUUACGCAGCAGCAUCGCUCUACCCGCAGUACCAGAGCAGCCAGUGCGCGCCUUCACCGAAGCCUCAGAGUGGAAAAUCUUUCACCAUCGAUGCUCUGCUCGCCAAGCCGGAGGAGUCAUCGAGCUGCAGGGCGAGUCCCACUCACUGUGGGGAGAAAUAUCCACCAGCUGCUCCGGUUCUGUCUCUCCCUGGACACGUCAGCCUACCGAUCCCCACAGCACCUUACGUCUACUCCCCGAGCAUGAUGCACUCAGCGGUGCACACGCAGCCUGGAUACUCUGUGUACUGCUGCCCGCCUUUCACCUACCAGACGUCGUGUCGUGGAGCAUUUUACGCACAAGGUUCUAUGUCCAAAGUCAACGCAGGGCUUCACUCCUUCAAAACCAAAGGUGGAAAGUCAAAACGCAUGCGCACAAGCUUCACCAGCGAGCAGCUCUCCCGGUUAGAGAAGGAGUUCGCCCGGCAGCAGUACAUGGUGGGAUCAGAGAGGUUCCUCCUGGCGUCAGCUCUGCAGCUCACUGAGGCUCAGGUUAAGGUUUGGUUCCAGAACAGACGCAUCAAAUGGCGCAAGCAGAGCCUGGAGCAGCAGCAGGCGAAGCUGGCCAAACUGGGUCUGGCUGCUCCACCAAAGAGUCCCGGAUCUCAGGGUCAUGGAGAUGAAGGAGAUGAGGAUGAGGAGUUCUCUGAUCUGGAUGUGGACAUUGAUGUGUCUGAUGACUCCACUGAUCACUGCUGA